AUGACAAUCAUCAAACACAGCCCUAACACGGCCAUAUCAAAUCAAAUCGAAAAGGAGACGACGUUUCUUGUCAAGGCAGCCACACCAUAUAUGUCUGCAAUCAAGCGAAUUGACCGUAUUCUUGCCAAAUUCGACCCCACCAGCAUUGACCAUAAAAAGUUCCAACGAGGUCAGUACAAGAAGAUCCAGUACAUUCGUGUUAAGGGCAUGGGCCGUGCUAUCGAUAAGACGACAUCUAUUGGCUUACACUAUAUGAAAAAUGCAUACAAGGUAGACAUUUACACGGGCACCGUUGAGGUUGUGGAUGAGAUCAGUACCGAGAGUUAUAAGACGAAAGAUGGUGAAAGUGAUAGCGAAAGUACUUUUAGAAAGCGGAAUGCCAGCUGCGUGGAGGUUAAGAUCUGGCUCAAAAGGCAAUAG